CUGCUACCUGGGGAGGAGUGUGUGUGGUGCAGCGCUGUGGGAAGCAACAUGGGGCUCACUAGGAUUUAAAUUCCCCUUAAAGCAUACAGAGGACUGAUAACUCCCUCAGGAUGCAUCAGCUGCUCGUGGUGACCUCAGUGCUUGUGGCACUCUGCUCUUUAGGGAGCGUGGAUUCUUCGGCUUAUGACAAGAUAGUCACCCACAGUCGCAUACGGGCCAGGAAGGAAGGACCCAAUAUGUGCGCUCUGCAGCAGGUCGAGGGGACAAAAAAGAAGUACUUCAGCACAUGUAGGAACUGGUACAAAGGCUCAAUCUGUGGCAAGAAGACCCAAGUCCUAUAUGAAUGCUGUCCUGGGUACAUUACGCUGGAGGGCAUGAGAGGAUGCCCUGCAGUGGCUCCCAUUGACCAUGUCUAUGGUACCCUGGGGCUUGUAAAGGCUACGACCACACAGCAAUACGCUGACAUGUCCAAGCUGAGAGCGGAAAUUGAAGGCAAAGGCUCCUUCACCAUGUUUGCACCUAGCAAUGAAGCCUGGGAAAUGCUGGACUCUACUGUACGAUCUGCACUGAUAGGCAACGUGAACAUCGAGCUGUACAACGCUCUUCACUACCACAUGGUAAACCGCCGUCUUCUCACCAAAGACUUAAAGAACGAUAUGACCGUCCUUUCCAUGUACAAUGACCUGGGGCUUUACAUCAACCACUACUCAAAUGGGAUUGUGACAGUGAACUGUGCCAGGAUCAUUUAUGGUAAUCAGGUGGCCACAAAUGGUGUGGUGCAUGUCAUUGAUCGGGUCAUCAGCAGUGUGGGCAACAACAUCAAGGAAGUCCUGGAUGUCAGCGAUGACCUCUCCACCUUCAGAGCUGCUGCGUUGGCUGCUGAUAUGAUGGACAUGCUGGAUCAGCCUGGCCACUACACGCUGUUUGCUCCCACCGAUGAGGCCUUUGACAAAUUGAGCCCAGGCUACCUUGAGCGCGUAAUGGGAGACAAGGAUGUUAUUAAAGCCCUGGUGAAGUACCACCUGCUGAAGAGCGUCCAGUGUUCCGAAGCAAUCAUGGCAGGGUCGGUGUACGAGACCGCAGAGGGCAACACCAUAGAGAUCGGCUGUGAUGGUGACAGUUUGACAGUCAAUGGAAUCAAGAUGGUCCUGAAGAAGGACAUUGUCACCACCAAUGGUGUCAUCCACCUUAUCGACCAGGUGCUUGUCCCUGACUCAGCCAAGGAUGGGCUUGAGCUAAUGGGAGAGUCCAUGAGCAUGUUUAACGACUUGGUUUCUGAACUGGGCUUAGCCGCUGCUUUGGGUCCGAAGACAGAGUACACACUCCUCACUCCUGUCAACACUGCCUUUACAAACGAGUUGAUCAAUACUGAGGAGAGCCUGCUAAGAUACAUUGUGGAAAACCACAUCUUGAAGCUGAAAAUUACACUGAGUGAGCUCUACAAUGGACAGAUGCUGGAAACACUGGCUGGCAAACUGCUCCGAGUCUUCAUUUACCGCACUGCUGUGUGCAUAGAAAAUGCAUGUAUGCUGCGUGGCAGUAAAGAGGGAAGCCAUAGUGCCCUCCAUGUUAUGAGGUCCAUCAUCAAACCGGCAGAGAAAACAAUCUAUGAACUCCUGAUUGCUGACGGACGGUUCAAGAUUUUCCUGUCACUGAUGGAGACAGCAGAUCUGACUGAUCUGCUUAAGCAAGAAGGCUCCUACACCAUCUUUGCACCAACAGACGAAGCCUUUGAUGGUCUCACUAAAGAGGACCUUGCACUGCUCAAGAGUGAUCUGAAUGCUUUGAGGGUCAUUCUGCUGUACCACUUCAGUAACGGCAUCUUCAUCAAUGGAGGAUUAGAGGGAGGAGUUACCAAUCUGCUCAAAACCCUCCAGGGCAACAACCUGCAAGUUAUGGCUGUUAACAACUCUAUUCAUGUCAACUCUGUGAAUGUGCCAGACAGUGACCUGAUGGCAACAAAUGGUGUGAUCCACGUGGUAAAGAACGUUCUCUAUCCUGCAGACCUUCCUGUGGGCCGCCAGGACCUCCUGGUCCUCCUGAAGAAGCUGAUUAAGUACAUCCAGAUAAAGUUUGAAUCUGGAUAUACCUAUGCUGAGAUCCCACUCACCUUCAUCAAGAGGAUCAUCACAACUACACGUUACAUUGAAACAGACCCUGGAGUAACAAAGGUGACUAGAGUCUUUGAGGCUGAACCCCCUAAAACCAAGGUUACCAGGGUCAUCGAGACAGGAGAGCCUUCAAUCACCAAAGUAACCAGGGUCAUUGAACAGCCUACCAUUACCAAGGUUACAAGAGUCAUCGAGACAGAGCCAAUCGUCACCAAGGUGGUCGUCGAAGGGGAGCCAGUGAUCACCAAGGUAACCAGGGUCAUCGGGGGAGAACCUACCAUCACAACAGUAAGCAGGGUCGUUGAAGGAAAGCCUACUAUUACCAAGGUUACAAGAGUUAUUGAGGGUGGCGAUCGUGGUGUGGAUGGAACAGGUGGAGCCAGAUACACCACGGCGAACGAGCCUGUUAUCAUUGAGGGGCCAGACUUCUCUAAGAUCACCACCAUCCAUGGCAACCCAAAUCUGAUUGAUGAGGAAUCGGAGAGAAUUACCAAAAUCAUUAAAGAGGGAGGUAAAUUCGCUGCUGCCAGGAAAGCUCCAGCUGGAAUGAGGAGGAGAACAAGGCUGGUCAGGCGUCACCACAGACCAAGGCAGUGAAUCCAACAGAGAGAAAACACCUUCGGGCUCACCGCAGAGACUGAAUGCAUCUCCAGAACUCCUGGUCGAGUGCUGGAGGAUUGAAAAACUGUGGAUGAAUAGGGAGAGAUGACAUCGAUCUAGCUAUUUCUUUGCCCAAACCACCUGUAAGAAUGAUUGUUUACUAUUCCAUCUGGACCAUACUGUAUGUGAUAGGCAUGAUGUGUAAUAGCAAUGACAUUAGAAUACCCUUUAUGUAAGUAAUGUAAGUGUGCAAGGGAAUUGUGGACUUAUGCUGUGGGGUAGAUGGUGUGUAAAGUGAGAUGUAUUCUACCACAGAGAGAUUUUUUUAAAAGGUUUGCUUUUUUUUUUUUUUUUAAUUAUGUCACUUUAUAAACGGAUGGCUUGGGAAGAUUUUUGUAUGCUUUUUAUGGUGCUCGCAUUCUGUACAAUGGAUGCAUUUCAAAGAAUACGACAAUUGAAAAGUGUUUUGCUACCAUUAGAUGCUGUACUGAACCUCUGUAAAUUAUCACAUGGUGAUUAAAAAAUACAAAUAAUUUUUA